AUGUCCUCACUACGUAUAAGCCGUAGCAUACACGGCGUCUGCGCUUCAGUGUUCACAUCUCUUCACCAUGAGACUGGUGAUCCCCAACCCGGGAUUAGAGCUUCGGAUUCCAAACUAUGAAGAGCUGGAGAGGAUGGAAAAAGAGGAGGCAGGAGGGCGGCCCAAGUGGGACAACAAAGCCCAGUACAUACUGACAUGUGUAGGCUUCUGCAUUGGUCUGGGGAAUGUGUGGCGAUUCCCCUACUUGUGUCAGAGUCAUGGAGGAGGUGCCUUUCUGAUUCCCUACCUAAUCCUGCUGGUGUUGGAAGGAAUGCCUCUCUUACUGAUGGAGUUUGCCAUUGGCCAACGUCUGAGAAAAGGCAGCGUGGGGGUAUGGAGAUCCAUCAGCCCCUAUCUGACUGGAAUUGGUAUUGCCUCCAUGUUGGUGUCCUUUUUGGUUGGGUUGUACUACAACACCCUAAUAGCCUGGAUCCUGUGGUAUCUCUUCAAUUCUUUUCAAGAACCUCUGCCUUGGACUCAAUGUCCAAUCAAUGAAAAUAGGACAGAAUUUGUAUCGGAAUGCCAACGGAGCUCCACUGUGGAUUAUUUCUUUUACAGAGAGACUCUGAACAGUUCUGACUCAAUAUCCAAAUCUGGGGAAAUUCAGUAGCCUAUGGUGGUUUGUCUGCUGGCAGCGUGGACAAUAGUUGCCAUCUGCUGCAUAAGAGGAAUAAGCACUUCAGGAAAGGCCGUUUACAUCACAGCAAUCCUUCCCUAUGUUGUGCUGGCGAUCUUCCUAAUCCGAGGAGCAACUCUGAAAGGUGCCGUGAGCGGAAUCAAAUUCCUCUUCACACCAGACGUGGAUGAGUUGAUUAAACCGAUUACUUGGCUGGAUGCAGGAGCUCAGGUGUUUUACGCCUUUGGCUUGGCAUGGGGAGGCCUCAUUUCCUUUUCAAGCUACAACCCUGUUCAUAACAACUGCGUGCAAGAUGCCGUGAUCCUCUCUGUUGUAACUGGGCUCACAUCAAUUUAUGCUGCCUUGGUGACCUACUCCAUCAUUGGCUUCAGAGCCACAGAGAAAUACGAAAACUGUAUCUCUGAAAACAUUGUGAGAUUAUUGAACACAUUUAAUCUUCCUGAGGACAACAUCACAUCAACCAGCUAUGAUGAAGCCUUUAAUCAGCUGAACAGCUCCUAUCCUCAUGUCAUUUCUCUACUUGACAUCCAAACUUGUGAUAUGCAGAAACUUCUCAGUGAGGGAGUGGAAGGAACAGGUCUGGCCUUUAUCGUCUUUACAGAAGCCAUUACCAAGAUGCCAGGCUCCCCGAUCUGGUCAGUCCUCUUUUUCAUCAUGCUCCUCUGUCUGGGACUUUCUACUCUGUUUGGCAACAUUGAAGGAGUGGUAGUCCCGUUAAAAGACUUACGAUUAUUUCCUAAAAAAUGGCCCCACGAAGUACUGACCGGGCUGACGUGUUUGAUUUCCUUCAUCAUCUACCUGCUCUUUGCGCAGCGUUCAGGUCUUUACUGGGUCACUUUGUUUGAUAAUUUUGCCGGAUCAGUCCCCCUACUUACCAUUGGAUUUUUUGAGAUGAUAGCUGUUGUUUACAUUUACGGCAUAGACAGGUUCAAUAAAGACAUAGAGUUCAUGGUUGGUCAUAAGCCAUCAAUCUUCUGGCAGGUCACAUGGAGAGUCAUCAGUCCUCUGAUCGUCUUGGUCAUCCUGAUUUUCUAUCUGGUGACUCAAGCACAACAGAAGCUCACCUAUUUGGUCUGGGACCCCAACUCUGACAUGUUUCCAGCUCUGGCAUCAGUGGAAUACCCUUCAUGGAUCAAUGCAGCCAUCUUCGCUUUGGCUGGAGUCCCCAGCCUGGCUGUGCCUAUCUAUGCUCUAUGCAGACUGAUCUAUGUUUCAUGCGGAAAAAAUAACUAGUUUCAUAUAAAGUUAGUUCUUUUUUUUUCAUUAGAAUGAUAAUAUUCAGUAGGAUAUUUAUAUUCGAUUGCUGUUUACUGUAAAUUAUACUAAUAGUACAUAAAAUAAGCCAAAAAGUAAUGCUACCCUUAUAUUGACAGAACAUGAGCAGUGAUGUAAUAGUGAUUACUAUGUUUUUAUUUAAUUUUAUUUUUUUAAGGGGGUGGGGGGUGGGGGGGUGCAAUAAAUUCCUUGACUUUUAAAAAAAGGCAUCCCUAAAGUUACACAUCAGAAUGUUUACAAUGUUUGUUUCUCUGAUCUUGUGUAAAAUAUUUUGGGUAUGAUGCAAUUGCUACUAAGGAUGGUGAUUCUCUCAUUAGUUAUUUUCAUUCUUUCAUUUUGAGAUGCUGAGGAUCAGAAACAAAGAAAAAAAAAUAUGAUGUUGAGUAUUUUUUUACAAGCAGCAUAUUAAUGUAAAAGGAUAGGAAAAGGGCUCGUGCACAUUUGCUUUCAGCAGCUAUUUGCACACCUGGAGACUGAAACAUUUGUUAUUAUUUUUAUAGUCACAAAAAUCCCUUACAAUAAUACUUUAAG